AUGCCUCAUGUGAAAAGAUGUAUUAAAACGCUUGUUUUGAAAAGCGUCAACGAACAGUGUAAAAAUCUUUGUGUGAAAACGAAAGGAAUACCAUCAGUAAUGCGGGUAACAAGGAAAAGCCAAAGGGAUCUCAAGUCGUUUAAGUGGAUUGAUGUUCUACGGGAAUUAAAAGACAGAUCUCCAGAUAUCCUGGAAUUUCUACUCACAAUUGCAGUCCCGUCUAAAUUGAAAUGCACCUGGCAACAGAUUCCUCCAGUUUGUACAGCGUUUGGAAUCUUGAUGAAUCAAAGAUGUCGUGAACUGUCGUUGAUUCAAAAGAUAAAUACUGUAAUACUUGGAUCAAGUAAUGCAACAAAAAAGACAUUCCAGAGAUUUAAUAAACUUGGAAUAACCCAGACCAGAAAAAGCUUUGUGAAUCUUAUGGAUGAUGUUGGUGGAAAUUUAAUUGAUGAUUUGAAGAAAUUUGUGAGCAAUGAGGGUGAAAUGAGAAUUGUAUUUGACAAUUUUGAUUUUAAGGUCCUUGCAAAUAUCAUCCUACGUAAUCACUGUAAUUCUGACAUGCAUUGGAUUGGCCAUUAUGUCACAUUUGAUCGCAUACCAUCGGAUCACUUAGAUGAUACAAAGCCACUGGUGUCUGAUAUCAAUAAGUUCAAGAAAAUGAACUAUCUGUUGAAUGAGGAUGAGCUUCAAAUGAUGAAUUCUGACUUCACAACACUUGUGACAAGAGUUUUGGUAGAAUAUAUCCCUUGCCUCCAGCACCUUAAUUCAAGUGUUUGUCAACAUAUCCCUCACAAGAAUAUAGCGGGACACAACAAUUAUAUUCUAAUGGCAAAACAAUCGGUUGUUGUUGGCCUACCAAUUGUACCGUUCAACCAAUCAAAACAUUCAGAUGUGUGUCAGUACUUAGAUUAUGUGGAAGAUUUACUGGCAAAAAUAUUUGGCAAUGAUGAAUAUUCUACAUGUUUGCCUUCCCAGAAAGCAGCCAAAAAGAAUGACAUUGUGAAGCAAGUGAAAGUUCCACUCUGUGGGGAUCUUUUGGGAUGUGAAAGGGUAACUGGUGCAAAAAAAACAAGACUGGGGUGUGACAAUGAAAGUGAACGGUUUGAAAACAUCAUUGAAAAUGCUGCACAAUGGCAUCCAAAGCAAUCAUUUCUAGCACUCAUAUGGAAACAACUGUACAAGGCAACUGGAUCUUGUGGACGAGAGGUUGGGACGUUAUACAAUCUUCAACAACAGUUCAAUAUGGUAAAUGUUUAUACUAAGGUUAAAAAGAAUUACCGCAGUGCUGAGCAUUUAAUGCUGUCUGCAACCAAAGCAUACAUAUGUUGUGCUUUCAUGCAAUGGUGUGGCAUGAAGAGAUUGGAAGACACCCCACAAGGUAUAAGCAUUCCCACCAAAGAUGACACAAAUGAAGUUAUUGAAGCAUUUAUCAGAGAAACUAUUGGCUCAUUUGUGAAAGAGUAUGUUUUGGUUGAGUUUGAUACAGAAAAAAAGCUACGACACCAGCUGCAAGCAGUAAAAGAUAAAAGAAAGAAUGCGAAUGAGUUACAAACACCCGACAGCCAAACAGUCAAUGGUGGUGGUUUAUAUAUAGCUACAUUUGUUCCAGGUAUGUAA